CUUCUACUACGCAGUGCGGGUGCGCGGAGGAGAUGUCGGCGGGGAGGAACUAGACACAUUAUUGACGUUAUUCCUCUGUACGCAAUAAAGAUUUCUUAUCUGAGCUGCAGUGAACUAUAGAGCAAAUAAUGGGAAGGAGUAUACGUGGUGUUAUAUACGCUGAAAACCUGGCUGUCUCCACCGAACACCGACUUUUGCUUUUCAGCGGUAUUUUCAGGAGGGACUAGCUUCGGGAAAGCAAGCAAGCUAGCAGGACAGGCUUGCUAGCAAAACUGCUACCUUAUUGUGGCCCUCAACAAACCUCCCCGCUAGAAUCCGUCGCAUGCACAGAAAGAAAAAAUGGUGUACUUGUUAAAUCCUAUAGAGAACCUGAGAAGCUACAUCAACAACCGUCCACCGCUGGUCAUUUUUAUGAUCAGCGUCAGUGCAGUGGCCAUCGCCUUCCUGACCAUCGGUUAUUUCUUCAAGAUUAAGGAGAUCAAGUCUCCAGAGUUGACUGAGGAUUGGAACACCUUUCUGCUGCGCUUCAAUGAGCUGGACUUCUGUGUGUCAGAGAAUGAAACGAUAAAGCACGGUCUGAACGAGUCGACAACGCCAGAGAGCAUGGUUGUGACCAGCGGCCAAGCUCGUUCCAGCACCCAGGUUCCCCUCCUGCUAGAGGACUCGGGUCCCAUCAACAUCUCAGUCCCCAUCACUCUCACGCUGGACCCCCAGCGCCCGUUUGGAGGGUACUCUCGCAAUAUCACCCACCUGUAUGCUACAGUGCUGGGGCAGCAAGUUGGCCUAUCUGGCCGGGAAGCCCAUGAAGAAAUAAACAUCACUUUCACCCUGCCUUUAUCCUGGAACUCAGACGACUGUGUACUGCACGGCCACUGCGAGCAGGUGGUGUUCAGCACUUGCAUGACCAUCACGGCGGCCAGCAAUAUCUUCCCAGUCACAGUGCAGCCACCACACUGUGUGCCAGAGACAUACACCAAUGCCACAUCUUGGUACAAGGUGUUCACCACAGUCCGCGACUCUGAUACCAAGUACAGCCAGGACUACAAUCCCUUCUGGUGUUAUAAAGGAGCCAUCGGCAAGGUGUACCAUGCACUCAACCCAAAGCUUACGGUCAUCGUUCCUGAUGAUGACCGUUCCCUCAUCAACCUGCACCUGAUGCAUACAAGCUACUUCCUCUUUGUCAUGGUCAUCACUAUGUUCUGCUAUGCUGUCAUUAAGGGUCGGCCUGGCAAAGUACGGCAGACCAACCUUGACUUCUGCCCUGAGAAGGUACAACAGACACCAGCAGUGCUAUAUGACCUGAACAGGUGGCGCUGUCAGAGGGUUAAAAGGACAUCAGAGAGCUAUGUCAGAACUUAUCUGUAACAUGGACAAACUCAAAGAAACAGAAGAAAUAAAAAUAAACAUACCAGUUGCCUAGUGAACCUUGAAAAUACAAUAAGGAACACAAAAGCUCUGUGAAUGCAUUACUCUUGCAAUGUUGGGUUUCUCCAACCAAAGAUAUACAAGUGCCUGUAUCUGUCGUGUAAAUAUUUGUAGGAACUCUGAUAUUUUGUUUCCUUUUUCUUUUCUGUUUUAUUAUUGUUUUAUUAUUUUGCCUGAGUCCCCCUUGUGCCAUGUCAGAACAUGCAGUACAUAAACUGAGCAGAAGGCCAGUCCCAAGAACUUCACAGCCAUUUUUCUAGCGGUCAUUUAGUCUCAUUUACCAAACAAGAUAGAAAAAUAUACAGAGAAGUGGGGUUAUGUGAAAGAUUUUAUGGCCAUUUAUCACAGAUUUGAUAUGAGUUUUUGCUGUAAAUGUUUGGAUAUCUCAAAACUCCCAUGAUGAGAGAACGCAUGAGGUUUAGUCAAUAAAGAUGCUUGAAUACACAGGUGGAGGUAUUUGCUUGAGGAUAUCCUUGUAACACCUAAAUUAAAUCUUCUGUGCGCUUGUCAUUGCAGUUUCAACAGGGAAGAAACUUAAUUUACUUUACACAACAAUGUAAUCAGAAGUCUGAUCAGAAUUUGGACAUUGCAUAAAGUCUGUUCAAAAGUAGCAGUUAGUUUAUUUAAUUGAGCUGUCAGCUAUAUUCAAUCUUCAGUAAAUUAACACUUGUUUCCCUGUGUGUCUGCAAUGUCAAUAAAUGGGGAGUGAAGCAUUUAGAUGAUUGCACUGUGCAUAUUAAUAUACGAACAGAAAACAACAUUAGCAGUAAAGUUAAUAAGUCCCAUUGUCUCAGUUUGUAUCCUACUAGGCUUAUCAGUAAGUCCAUUUUAAUGGCAGUUAAAUAACCUGCGGAACCUGUGGUUGGUGUUAAAUUGUUUUUGUUUUGUUAAAACAAGUAGAUUUCGCACUUAAAAUAUGAUUUUAUGCUUUUUGUUUUCUCUGUGGCCUCAUCUCUCGCCUGCCUCUUGUCAUUUAUUUGCUGCCUAUUGCUCUGCAGCAGUUAUGUAGUUUUGGCUUCUAGACUUCAGUAAUGUUCAAUACAGUCUUCUUUGUUGCACCUGGAUGAAGCAAAACAUUGCCUUGCCUUACCUACAAUGGACUUGCUCGCUUAAAAAUAGACAGGGAGAUCAGUUUCUGUCUUUCCAACAUUAGCUUGAUGGUCCCUUCUUCCACCGCCAUCCUCUUUUUGUUUCUUCCAGUGUAAAAAGCCUGUAGUGUGAAAUCAAACUUGUGAUCUUUGUCCUAUUAAUGUAAAUGUCAAUUUAUUAUAUUUUAGGAUGCUUUUGAAUUACUUGUCCUUUUAUUUUAAGCAAUUCAUUAUCAGUUUCACGUGUUCAAGUGUUUGCAUAGUUCGUGCCCCUUUAGAUUUUUUGCACAUUUUGUGUUAUUUGUUCUUGUGAUUUGGUUUGUCCAAGGUCAACAGUCUGCUACUGAACUUCACAAACCUUGUUUCAGUUGGACUCUUCCUGAAAAUAAACAUCAUUUUAUAUAUAUAUAUAUAUAUAUAACCAUUAUAAUAUAUUUAAGAAUAAAUAAUUUUAUUUUUUAUUAUUUUGUAGUACAGCAAAAUGUGCAAAAAGUCGGUUGGUGUGCGAAUGUGUGUAAGUGAGUUUGGGAAAUCUUUAGAAAAAAAAGGCGGCUUUAGACUGAUUCUCUAAAAUCUCGUUCCAACUGACUAAGUGUCUGUUAUUGAAAGGAUACUAGUAACUGUAAUGGAAUUUCUUCAAAGCAAAAGUCUACAUUGACUUGACUGGGCACAGAAAAUAAACAAAACAAGGUCUCUGAUUUCCUCCAGUAAAAUGUUGUACAUUUUCACCUGAAUUGUUGUGACUCUCUGAAACUCCAACUGUAGCUUUAAGAAUGGAAUUCAUACUCGUCCAAUGGUUAUGUAAUUAAUAUUUUAAGAGAACCACUGACUUUUGACAGUUAUGUAUUAUAAAUGUACUGCAACACGGAUACGAUUUGCAAUAAAAAGGACAAUAGUGCUCUAAUUAGAUAUGGUUAGUAUUGUUGUCAAUGUUAAAAUCCUGAGUCACCACCCACUGUCCACUGAGCUGUACACACAAAUGUAAAAUCUGUUCAAUUUGUCUAAGCCGACCCUGUAAAAGGUGUAAAAUCCAAACCUUCCUACAGUCUCAAGGGAAAAGUAAAGUAGAAAUAACAGUCUAAGUCCGCCUUUAAUGUCCGUUAUGUAUGACUUUUUUUCAAUAGCAAUUACUGAUACAGUUUACUUACCUCUGUUAUAAUUUUGUUCCAUAAUUGAUGUACCUGUUGAAUGUACUUUUUUAUAAGCAGCAUAAUCUAAAUCUGGGAUGCAAGAAUUCCAAGUGAUUUAAAACUAUGAUGUAGUUAGAUUUUUUUCAGUUGAAAAGGCUUUACUUGAAUUGUGUUUUUGUUCAAGUGGUAUCCAUAUAUUAUAAGGUUUAUCCUUUCGUGGCAAAAAUGAAUCUCUUGUCACAUUAUUGUAUCCAACACUUUGUUCAUGUAUGUUGGUGAAUGAGUGAAAGGUGUUGGGUUUUGGUUAUAAUGGUGAAAAAAAGUUUUUACCCCCCUGUUGAAAGAUGGUAGGACAAGUCUUCCUAAUUCUGAUGUGUAUCAUGUUUUGAGCAAGGGUCUGUUGCUUUUUCUGUUAUCACUCCUGUGCUUACACAGUGGGACUUUCAAGGGGGAACUUUUUUCGGGGGGAGAGAUCCAGCAGCUCUUAUUGGACAGUUGGAAAAUUUGGGGGUUGGUUGGAUGUGUGUGGCUGAAGGGAAUUUGAAGAUGUGAAUGAAGCAUGCCAUAUUAUUGCCAAACCAUCAUAAUUAAUGUUGGUAACCUGCAUUUACCUGCUUCUUACCCCUCCUUGUGUGAUUUACUAUAGUCAUCCUUGAUUAGAAGUGCGUCUCUAAAAUUGCAAAAUGCAUUAAUGUUUCAUUUAAGUUUGCAUUUUUUUUUGCAUAUCACAUAUUGUAAAACACACCGGCUUUUUACAGGAACAAAUCCAAACACAAUACUAAAUUUGUAUCACUUCUGAGCUAUAAGAAGUGCAAAUUACCAUGUUUGUUAAAGGUGGGGUAUGCAUUUCUGGGGAAAUCAUGAUAUAGAGAGAACAACUACACAGCAAGUAAUGUAACUAACAGUAGCUAAGUUGUGGGUUAGCAAACUGUUGAUUGAAGCUAACAUGCAGAGGACGAGACAGUCCUAGAGGCAGCACGCCACCUCCAGACAGCAAUACCCAAAACACUCCUGCUGCUAUAGCAGCAUGUCUUGACGAACUAGAAAGUCAGCAGAAUGUCUGCUGGGAAGUAAUUUAACGUUACCUGACAUACAAAUUAUGGCUGGAAUAGUGCUGUGUGGCUUGGUCCAAGCCAUUUUAUUUGUUUCCCGUUUACAGAGCCAGGGCUGUGUACAAGCACCGAAUAUUUUUUCAGUGCACACUCUCAACAUACAGCUAGUAAACCGUGAGGAAGAUAUUUGCCGCAUUUUACAAAAAGCUGUGUAUUGGAUUAGAAUUGCAUAUCCCACCUUUAAGUGCACAUGUAGAGAAAUGGAUUUUAAAGGAGCAGAUGGUUGCUGUUGUAGUUUUUAAACUACUCCACUAUAUCACUAAGGACUAACAGGCAGGAACCAUAUUCUCCUUAGUUGCGUCAUCUCGGUGUGUUGUAGGCUUUACAUUAAGCAAAACACAAGUCUCCAAUAUAAGGCUACCAUUUCACCUUGUUAUCAUUUUCUGUCAUGUUAGUAGCGCUUACAGGCAAGUAUUAAGCCAACUCUGUGCCUUCUGCACUAUCGAGCUGCAUCCUCCUCCCUGUACAUACAGUAGAUAGGACCAUAAGUUUAAUGUGGUUAGAAUGUCAUUCAAAUCCUUUUCCUCUCCAGUGGAACUGCUGUAAAUGAACUCAAGUUUAAAUAAACUGUCUCUAAAGUUCAA